AUGAAGACGAUCGUCGGUCUUUGCUUAGUGGUGGCAUCAGCCGCUGCGGUGCAGGUGGGCUACCCAGAAGCCACCAGCUACGUGUACCGGAGUGACAACGGCGCCCCCGGUAGCCUCAUCCAACUGGGCUACAAGCAGCCAGAGCUCUACGCGCCUCUACCCUUAACGCGUCCAGUGAAGGCCUUCGAGGCUUACGACCUCGCGCCGGCGCCUCUGCCGUACAUCGCGGCCAAGCCCAUCGCUAUUGAAGACGCUCAGGAGGACGCCGAGGAACACGAAGGGCUGGUAGGUCUUAAUCACGGCUACGAAAAAGGAGCCGGCAGCGACUACGGCGAGGAGCAUCACGCGGAACACGGCGAGAAGGGCAGCAAGGGCUACGAAACGAAGGGCCACCACGCCAAAGGGGAGAGCGGACAGUACGGGAAGGGGCACAGCGAAGGCUUCUACGACAAAGGCCAGGGCGAGAAGUCGGCCCACCACGACGAGGCGGACGCCCACGGCGCUCAGCACGAAUCCAAAAAGUCGUACAAAGGGGGCGAUCACGGCCACAAGAAGCACUUCAGCAAAGGCGAGGACGUGACCGGCUACCACAAGGUGUUCCACAAGGACGAGUUCAAGAAGGACCACGACUUCUACGACGUGGCGGACGACAGCGGCCACUACAACAAGCACGGCUACGGGAAAACCCACCACCAGUCCGAGGAGGGGGCCCACAAAAAGGGGGAGAGCGGUGCGGCCGGCUACGAGAAGGACGGCUUCGGCAAGGCCGGUUUCUACGACAAGGGCCACGUAGACGACAACCACGAGGGCCACUCCGCCGAGGAAGGUCAGGACAGCCAUUAUAGCCACCACGACGACUACGCGAAAAAGGGCGGCAGUGAACACGAGAAGGAGUCGGAAUACGAAGACGAAGACAGCGACGAAGACAAAGAGUAU